AUGUCAGAACGAGAUCCGAAGAAGAUGAAGCGGAUUGGUAUGGAGUCAAUUACUGUUUUUAUGUGGGACUCUAUGAGCUCGGCUGUGAUGACCACCGCACUCGAAGCUAAAUUUACGCAAGACUCUCGACUUCGACAUAUGCUGUUCUUGACGCACGGUUCGCGCCUUGUGGAAUGUUCACCAUUCGAUUCCAUUUGGGGCAUAGGUCUCUCGAUCGACAGUCCCGAUGCUGUGAAUCCUUCUAAAUGGCGCGGAAAAAAUCGCCUCGGCAACCUUAUGGACGCCGUGCGUGAAAAGUUGUGGGCUAAUGAAGAGUACAGAGCCCAACGUGAGGAGGUUGAAUCACAGAUGAGCUUGUUUCCUGGCUACGCUGAUCUCUACUUUUCUUCAAACAUUACCAGGUAUGUUAGAGUUUUUAUAUACAGGGUUUUUGAAUUAAUGUAUCGAACUGUUCUUCAAAACUCUCCUGUCACAGAGUCUUUCGAAAAGCUUUGUGUACCAUUUUGUAGAACUGACUUGAACUUAGAUUAUCAGUAUGGCGCCAAUCACUGAUC